CCUCUGCCCCUCCCCCUAUGAAUGUGCACACUCUCUCAAAUAAAAAAGUCUAUUUCCUUUUGCUGGAUUUUAUUAGCUUUUUUCAAGAUCUACACCAACCACGUUAAAACUCACACAUCCCCUUCCUUUCCAACUAGGGCCUGGCAGAAUGGCUCCCGCAAAGAAGGGUGGCGAGAAGAAGAAGGGCCGUUCUGCCAUCAACGAGGUAGUGACCAGAGAAUACACCAUCAACAUUCAAAAACAUAUCCAAGGAGUGGGUUUCAAGAAGCGUGCCCCUCGGGCACUCAAAGAGAUCCGGAAAUUUGCCAUGAAGGAGAUGGGAACUCCAGAUGUGCCCAUUGACACCAGCUCAACAAAGCUGUCUGGGCCAAAGGAAUAAGGAAUGUUCCAUACCGUAUCCAUGUGCGGUUGUCCAGAAAACGUAAUGAGGAUGAAGAUUCACCAAACAAGCUCUACAUGCUGGUUAGAGAGAGAGGCAGAAAGGCAGAGACACAG